AUGGUUGCUUUCCGGUUUCACCAGUACCAAGUGGUUGGGAGAGCUCUCCCGACAGAAAAAGAUGAGCAUCCUAAGAUCUAUCGGAUGAAGCUUUGGGCCACUAACGAAGUUCGUGCCAAGUCCAAGUUUUGGUACUUCCUGAGGAAACUGAAGAAGGUCAAGAAAAGCAACGGACAAAUGCUUGCCAUCAAUGAGAUCUUUGAGAAGAACCCAACGACCAUCAAGAACUUCGGUAUCUGGCUUCGUUACCAGAGCAGAACUGGGUACCACAACAUGUACAAGGAGUUCCGUGACACGACGCUCAACGGUGCGGUGGAGCAGAUGUACACAGAGAUGGCUUCACGCCACAGAGUGAGGUUCCCUUGCAUUCAGAUCAUCAAGACUGCAACAGUCCCUGCGAAGCUGUGCAAGAGAGAGAGCACCAAGCAGUUCCAUAACUCGAAGAUCAAGUUCCCUCUUGUUUUCAGGAAGGUCAGGCCACCAACCAGGAAGCUCAAGACUACUUUCAAGGCGUCGAAGCCCAACCUCUUCAUGUAA